AUGGUUCAGGGCGUUCAGUUACCCGUGUGCCUCAUAUGUGGUUUGUAUUCACAGGAUAUCCAGAAGCAUCGUCAGGGCUUUCCGUCCUCCCUGAAGUUGUCUAACGGUUACAUUUUACCUGAGGGGAAAAUGACGCCCAACACACUGUUCGUCGGCGGUAUUGAUAUGAAGGUGGACGAGAACGAGAUCAGGGAUUUCUUUGCCAAGUACGGCUCUGUGAAAGAAGUUAAAAUCAUCACUUAUCGAGGAGGAAUUUGCAAAGGAUAUGGUUUCGUUUAUUUCAGUGAGGACGUUGAUAUCCAGACUAUCGUUGAUCAGCCGAUCAGUUUUAAAGGGAAGAAACUCAAACUGGGACCUGCAAUCAUGAAAGAGCGAAGUUCUCGGUCAGUGUCAUCUCCAAUGAUUGGUCCAUCACAGUGGGUAAACCCCACCCCGUAUAUGUACUGCAGCUGCUGUCCUCCAGGCCUGGCCCCACAAUCACCUGUCUUCAAUGGUGGAACUCAAUACAUGCAGCCUUAUUCUUACUCCAGUCCUCCAGGAAUUAUGGUUCCACAGGUGCCAAUGAACUAUGCACAGACCACGUAUGCCUAUCAGCAAUAUCCCCUGCCACAGUGGUGUGGAGAGCAGAGGACAAGGCUUGUCAAUCAGAAUUUUGUGGAUUGUGGAGUGCAGACUUUGCUAACCCUGAUGUAGCCUUCACUACUAGCACAGACAUUUUGGUAGAUGCCCAAAGAAGCAAGGGAGAGCAACCUGAUGUAGCAUUGUCUGUGUGUUUUAACACACCGUUGCAGAUAGGGUCAGCUUGAGCGUGAUGUGAAGGUGUGUUUUGAGGAAACUACAUUAUGACGGGAUGAACAUACUUUAACCUCACAUCC